AUGCUCAGAUUGCAAGCCAGAACUUUCUCUAGCACCGCUAGAGCCCAGCUCGCCAAAAUCAACCUCAUUGGCACUAUCGGGUCCGACGUCACCAAGGCCACCACGUCCACGGGCAAGGAGUACGUCAGAUACUCGCUGGCGGUCGACUCCAGGUCGAAAAACAACGACUCCACCUCGUGGUUCAACAUUGCCUGUUUCAAUGAGAACCAGGCCAACUUCAUGAGCGAACGUCUCGGUAAGGGAGCCAGAGUGUAUGUCGAAGCCGACGUGUCCAACAGUCUCGUUGAGAGAGAGGACGGCUCCAAAUACAUCUCGUGGGUUCUGUUCCAGAACACCGUCGAAGUCCUCAGAUUCCCAAAGAGAGAGGAGCCGGCCGAGGCGGAAUAG